AUGAAGGUACAGAGUGUUUUCCUCUGGCUGCUGGGCACACUGCUCACCCUGUCCUCAGGGCAGAACCUUGGUCUCCAGAGAUGUCUUAUUUCUGUGGACAUGCGCCUUCUAGAAAGGAGUUUCCAGGAAAUCAAAAGAACUUUGCAAAGCCAGGACGUCUUGCAAAAUGUCACCAUCCUGUCCACGUUGGAGAGUCUGCAGGGCAUUAAGCCCGUAGAUGUAUGCUGCGUGACCAGGAACCUCCUGGCAUUCUACAUGAACAAAGUAUUCAGAGAUCACCAGGAGCCAAACCUCCAAAUCCGGAGACAAAUCAGCAGCAUUGCCAACUCUUUCCUCCACACGCAGAAAACGCUGCAGCAAUGUGCACAGAGAUGGUGUCACUGUAGUGAGGAAGCCACCAAUGCCACCAGAAGCAUCUGGGACAACUACAAUCAGCUGGAGGUCCGUGCUGCUGCCAUUAAGUCUUUGGGUGAGCUUGACAUCUUUUUAGCCUGGAUCAGUAAGAAUCACCAGGGAACUUCCCAUGUUCGACACCAAGUUCCUGCCUAAUUAUCCAGGGAUGAACAUCUCCGGGGAAGUUUCUUGUGAUUACAUCAGACUUUGAAGGGGAAAGAGAUGGGUCCCCUUGCUGAUUUGGGAGUCUCUCCUUUGGGGUUAGGGCAUUGCACGAGCAAGGGGGAAUGAGUUUGGGCCCCUUUCACCCUGCAAAUGAAAAAUCCCAAUGGCUGGUCUUGGAUUUUCUGAUCCCACUUGAAAAGAGCCAAGUAGUU